GGGAUUUAGAAAAAUGGCCGAAAUGAAGCCUGAAUCCUCAGAAAGCGGGCAAGAAUGUUGUGAAACAGACUGUGAGCCUGAAGGUGUUUCUGAUUGGUCUUUUGAUGAAAAUUGUCUUUUCUGCUGCCUGAGAAGAGAAAAAGUGAAGGAACACUUAGUCAGUCUGGAUGAGCCAGCCUCGGAAGCUGGACAAGAAGCUCUGCUUAGACAAGAGCAAGCAAAAAUCAUUCGUUUUGAAAGGCAAGCGGAAGAGUUCCUCAAUGCAGUCUUUUACAGAAAAGACAGUCCUAGGGUCUCCGACCCCAAUAUUCCCCUAGUGGCCCGUGAGAUCAUGCAGCGAAUGAUCCGACAGUUUGCUGCUGAAUAUACCUCAAAAAAUAGCUCUACUCAGGACUCCAGCCAGCCCAAUAGCACAAAGAACCAAAGCCUGCUGAAAGCAUCUCUGGUCGCCUCCUCUCCCACGGCUGCAACUGCUCAGAACCCUGUGCUCAGCAAACUGCUCAUGGCUGACCAAGACUCACCUCUGGACCUUACUGUCAGGAAGUCUCAGUCAGAACCUAGUGAACAAGACGGUGUGCUUGAUUUAUCCACUAAGAAGAGUCCUUGUGCUGGCAGCACCUCUCUGAGUCACUCUCCAGGGUGCUCUAGUACUUCAGGAAAUGGGCGACCUGGGAGACCCAGCCAGCACCAUCCGGAGGGACUACAGAGUGGUGAUGGGGUACCUCCAAGAAGCUUGCAGGAUGGAACCAGGGAAGGUUAUGGCCACUCCACAUCUCUUAAAGUACCGCUGGCUCGAUCACUCCAGAUUAGUGAAGAACUGCUGAGCAGAAACCAGUUUUCUACGGCUGCCAGCCAUGGGCCAUCUGGACUACAGAAUCAUGGACAGCACUUAAUAUUAUCCAGGGAGGCUUCUUGGGCAAAACCACACUACGAAUUCAAUUUCAGCCGCAUGAAAUUCAGGGGAAAUGGUGCACUCAGCAACAUCAGUGACCUUCCUUUUCUUACAGAAAACUCUGCCUUUCAAAAAAUGGCACUUCAAACUAAACAGGAUGGGAAAAAGGACGUGAGCCAUUCAUCUCCUGUGGAUUUAAAGAUACCACAAGUUCGAGGCAUGGACCUUUCAUGGGAGUCCCGCACUGGUGACCAGUUCAGCUAUAGCUCUUUGGUAAUGGGUUCACAAACGGAGAGCGCGCUUAGCAAAAAGUUAAGGGCUAUCCUUCCAAAACAAAAUAGGAGAAGUUUGCUGGAUGCUGGACCAGAUUCCUGGGGCUCAGAUGCUGAGCAGUCUACCUCUGGACAGCCAUAUCCCACCUCAGAUCAAGAGGGAGAUCCUGGCUCCAAGCAACCUAGGAAGAAAAGAGGGAGAUACAGACAGUACAACAGCGAGAUACUGGAGGAAGCAAUCUCUGUGGUUAUGAGCGGGAAAAUGAGUGUUUCCAAAGCUCAGAGUAUUUAUGGGAUCCCCCACAGUACACUGGAGUACAAAGUUAAAGAGAGGCUGGGCACUUUGAAAAACCCUCCAAAGAAAAAAAUGAAAUUAAUGAGGUCGGAGGGGCAGGAUGUUUCAGUAAAGAUUGAAUUAGAUCCCCAGGGAGAAGCAGCACAAAGUGCGAAUGAAUUGAAGGAUGAAUAGGGAUGUUGUAGAGUGCCAAUUACUUUGCAAACUGGGUGAGCACUACUGCAUAGUUCAACCAUCACUGAGCGCACCUGAGUCUCCUGUUUACUGCAAUGCUCUUUCCUUUGCAGUUUAGCAUAGACUUAUGUGAACACAGGUGAAAGAUGUGCUCUGAAUGUCACAUUUGUAAAUUUUUCUGGCCUAGUAUGGCACACUUCCCCUCUUUCACCUGCCCACUGCCCUCUUUCUUUCUUUGUUCCUUUUUUUUCUUUUGCCUUUUGCAUGUUUCUCUGUAAUAGAGAAUUGAGUUACCUCACAAAGAAUGCAGAUCUGUAGAAGUGGACAUCUUGCCUGUAGAGCCUGCCUGAACUUCUGAUGUUGGAUUUUUCAUAUCUGCCUUUAUAGAAAGAAGUCCACUUUGUUAAACUGACACUCUCCUAAAACCAGGCAAUUUUCAAAUGAAAAUCAGACUGUCAUUCUUCAAAAAUGUUUCAGAAAUCUUUUUUCCCUUCUUAUUUUUUGUUGAUCCAGUUGAUUGAAAGGUUUGAGCUAAAUCAAAUUUAGGAAUGGUACCUCUCUAGAACUCAGAUUUGUCAACUAUAGAUAGAUAAUCAAUUGGGUCUAAUUAGGCUCUCCACUGUUUUCUUUCUAAAUUAACUGUACUUACCAUUUGCUGAAUGCUUAGUGCUCACCCGGAGGGGAGGGGAGGGAAAACUUACAUACACUACCUUCAGAAAAUGUCAGUUAAUUAUUUAUAACACUACCUUCGCUGUAAUUUUAUUUGGUGUUUUUGAAGGGUGAUAUUUAGACUCACCUGCUUGAGGAUGUAGCCUUAUCUCACGGAAGACAAGCUUCUCACAGUCAGGAGCAGUCAGGGUACACUAAAUGAUAUAUUAGGGUAUGCCUCAUUAUACCAGAACUAUGGUUCUUUGUGACCUUUACACUUUUUACAGACUUGGUUCUGAGUUUACUAAUGUAUGUGGUCCCAACAGCUAGUUUAAAUGACUCUAAUCCAGGGAUGGGGGAUUUGUGUAACAAACUACUGUGAUACUGGGAAAAAAAAAAAGAAAAAAAAAAAAAAGGAAAAAAAAUAGCCCACAAAAUGGUGAUCUCAAACGUUACAACCUCAGUAGUCUGCCCAAAUAUCCACAUGAGUGAAGGAGCUUGUUAAUGUUCAGGGAAGAAGUAAAACACUGGUAGCCUGAUCUAAUUCAGGCUCUGCAUCAUAUCUAUCUGUAAUACUGUCAGGGUCGAACACUCAAUGAAUGGGUGUUUCCUUUUUAAAUAUUACAGUUGCCAGUAGCAGGAAUUAAGUCCUGCUUUUUUGUUGUUUUUAUUUAAUCUAUUUUGAUAGUGGUUUAGCACAUGCUAGAAUAAGCAUUUAAACACCAUAAAAAAAAGCACUCCUUAAACCACAAAUCUGGGGUUUUUUUCAGUAUGGUGGUAUCUUUAUGCUUAUAUGGAGAUCCAGGAUAAGUUUUGUACUGAACUUUUAUCUUUGAUACUUUCUGCGGGAGUGGUCAGUAACUAAGUGGAACUUACUGGACUUACCACAACAUGACCAAAUCGUAAUUGCUGGUUCUUCAGGUAGAAGCAAUUUGGUCUUAAUCUGUGCAAAAGGUAGAUAGAAUUACCAUUUUUUUUCCCAUUUGCACAACCAAAAGAAGCAUUGGAGUUUUUGUGUGAGAGCAUUCAGUGAUGUCAGUGAAAGUGGUCUCUCAAAGUUCAUGGGAGGGUGGCCUAGGUAGCCCUAGGGAUGCUGAAUGACUUCUGGAACAAUUGAUUCUUUUAGCCUCUCCCCCUCCCCAGCAACUUCAUAUUUUCAAAGGUUAGGCACACCAUUGCUGUUGUUUUAAAUAUGCACUGCUCAUUCUUGAAAUGGACUGGGCAUUUGGCCCCAAGUAUACUUUAUUUUUGUUUACUUAAUAUAUUUUAGUCCUCAAAAUCCUGGUUCCUUGUAGCUUUCUAGUUGUCAUCUUGGCAUUUAAAGCAGUUUAAGCUCAGUAGCAGUUUAUAAACUCUGCAAUACAUUCCAGUUUAGCUGGUGAUUGCAAUAAAGGCGCAGUUUAAGGUGUGGUUUCAUCUGCUGUUGGAGGUUAUGGUAGAAAGUUUGUUGCAAGUUUAAAAAGUAACACAGUUUUACUCUUGAGAGAGGUUUAACCUUUUGCAGUUGUCCUUAUUUAAGAAACAUGAGUUGAGUUUUAUAAAACUUGUCACUGUAGUGUACGUGGAGUGCUCAUUUUACUAACCUAAAUAUUUUGUAUGUGUAUGUUUAAGUGGGUGACAAUCGUGCAGCAGAAGAAUGGUGUGCCUACCCUUUAAUGCUGCAGUUUUAAAAGAGAAUUUGUCUUGUCAUUUCAGACUGUAGGCUAAGAAUUGUAAAUAGAUAGUGAGAAGUUGAGUACUCUUUAUUUGCUUUGGUUAGGAAGUGGAUUUAAAGAAAAAAAAAACCAACAACAAACCAAACACGUAACUUUCUCAGUUUAAAUGUCCUGAGACCUGAAGAUUGUAAUACUCAUAACUGCAAAGCUUUUAAACACAACACUUGAUCUGUGAUAACUUAAUAUUCAGGUAAUCUUUCUUUUUCGAGAAGCUUUUGAACAACCAUAUUUCCUCCAAAGGUCUCUGUUUAAAAAGGAAAAAAAAGAAAAAGUGUAGAUUAUUUUUUAAGCACUAAUUGCAUUACAUUGGUAACUGCAAUAUGAAAUAGCCAUUAUUGUUUUGUGAAGCAUGGUUGAGAUUAGUUAGUGGUCCCUUUUUAAAAUUUCAUGAGCCUCUCAAAAAAUAAAAACAAAUUUAAAAAAAAGCUGCUGAAUAUUCAAAAGAUAUAUAUUUUACCUUAUUGUAGGUUUUGUAAAUUUAGUCUGUAAUAUUCAGGUGCACCUUUUAAUGUUACUUUUUUGUUUCAAAAUCCCAUCUAACAUAUUUUCUCUGAGGUGAUUCAUCACUUAAGACUAGUAUCACUCUAAGUGCUGCAGUGAUCACUAAUAUUUUGUUUCAUUUUUCACUACAGAUAUUUUGCAGGCGCUUUCAGUGUAGCUAACUAGUAGUAUUUGGGAUCAUUUUAAAUAUAUGAUUGGAAUUAAUGUUUGUCCAUUAGCAUGCUUAAUUUUCUGCUGACCAGCAGUUUGCAUGGCCAAAAUCCCUGGUUGACCAUAUUUUGGUGUGGGAAGGUGUGGUUCACUGCGGUCUUUGUAACAAAAGCCUUGUUUCUCAUCUUAUUUCUGGUAAGUGGAUGCUUAUGUUACUUGGAUCACUUGGACAGGAGAAAGGUUUUAAAGCCUUCUCCUGCUGCUCUUGUGAGAUCGCAUUAACGUGUAACAUAGACAAACUGCAACCCUGUAAAAAUCGAGACGUUGUUAGGAGGAGACCUUUCGGGUAUUUUUUGUCACUAGUUUUCUCUUAUUCCCGAGAAUGUCCAUCCAAUGUAGUUAUUGGACUUAACAGUAUUGUUGUGUACUACGUUGAUGUAGCUGAAAAAGCCUGACAGCAAGAAACUGUGAAUUAUAUUUGUGGCAGUCUCUGAAAACUAGUUUUUCAGUCCAAGUACCAUGAAGGAGAAUCCCCCUCCCCUACCCCAUCCUAGAAAAGUAAUUUUAUAUUUUGUGUGUAUAAAGUUUUAAGAAUCGAAGUUUCAUAUUGUACUGAAGUUUAGGUGUCGCUUGGUAAAUCUUUGCUGCAGCAUAUAAUUGAAGAUGAGUAAGGCUUAGUGUGGUAGGGGUCCUGGUGUGGAGUUAAUUAUCGUACAGUUCUGGUGGGAAAGCCCAACAUGUAUGAAAUGUGUCCUUUUUCUUUUUUUUCAUUUGGAUUUGUAAGAUGUAAAAGUGCUUUUUUAGAACUCUGACCUAUUACAAACUAUUACCUCACUUUCAGCCAGCUGGAUCCUCAUUCCACAGUGUUGUAGGCAUUAUUGUGGCUGUAAUGCUUGAGUACAGCUAUAGAGUUGAACGUUUCCAGUUAGAUAUUGUAGGGACACGUUUCUGGACUCAUUUUUAUUUCUGUCUAAAGAUUAUUUAUUUUCCAGUCAUUCCCUGAUUUUUUUUCUAAAGGUUCAAGACAGUUUCCUUUAGAAUUUCUCAUUUUUUCCUUGUUGCACAGGAGAAGUUGCUGCAUAAGCAAUACAGGUAUGCCUUUACUUUCUUUUUUGUUGCAGAACUCAUAACUUGAUGUUUGCAUUACCAACCCUACUGCUAGACCUGAAUUCAAACUCUGAACUUUUUUGGCAGUUGGAGAAAAAAUAUUUUUAACAAUUCAGGGGUACAGAUAGGAUAAUGCCUUCAGUAAUGGAACACAUUCAGCUUCUGUGUUCUAUUGCAACUCCUGCACAACCUUUUUUGCAGAACUUUUCCACCACUGGAGGAUAUUCCUAAACACAGGAUGUAACUGCAUUUGUGUUUAGACUGGGUAAGAGCAGACAAGGAAUAGUCUGUGCUUUGUCUCGUGGCAGGCCAGCAUUUGCAUCUAAAUAUUUCUUUCAUGAGUACUCAAGAGUACAUUGCCUUUCCCUGGAAAUUCAUGGGAGCUGGCAAAGUGAUUUAGGGGCUUAGGGUUGAGUAAGCUUUGUGAAACAACUUUUUAGUUCUGAUUGAAUUGCUUUUUGUAUCAUCUGCAACAAUUGUUAUACAGUCAAAACUGGAAUUGCCAUGUGUUUCUUUCCAGUUUACUUUCAAGUAAUGCUCUUAAGAUGUCCUUGAGUCUUAGGAGAAGAACACAGUGUCCAAGGAGUGAAGGGAGCACUCUACUGUUCCCUUUUUUUCUCAAAAGCAGUAUGGCUGCAUCUGUAAUGUGAAGACCUCUUUCUUCAGUGAAGACAAAAUUUGAACUCUUCAGUAUAAGAAUGCAUACUCUUAUUGCAGUCCAAAAUCUUAUGAAGGUGAAAUUAUUAACCUUACUGAAAGAUUUGUCACAAUAUUUUAAAUAGCUUAAAUUCUCUGCCAAAUGUUAGAAGUAGGAUGGGAAGGGUUGUUUCCCUCAUUUUCAUGAGGAUCAGAAACCUCUAGGUAUUCCCCACAAAUGUUUCAGAAACUAAAUGUAAUUUCAGUCUAGGUCAAUGUUGCUUUUUCUUGGCAUCAGUACAUAAUGUUGGCUUAUAUUGUUUUAGAAAGCUGUAAGAAAAUAAUUUUGAGACUUGUUUUGGUACUAUAAAGGUUUCUACUUGAUCUUGAAUUGUAUUGAAAAUUCAGUAAUUGGAACCUUCAGAAACCUGAAAAUCUGCACUGCUAGUUGUAUGCAGUUCUGAUGAAUGUAGCAGAUAAAGUAGCCACUAUAGUAACUCAUUUCAGAUUAUCCAGUGUAUAAACACAGUGCACUGUGGUGACCACUAGGCAGAGAGAUUUUACAAACUGCAAAACGUAG